CAAAAGAUGAUUGGGAAUGCGUCCGGAAAUGACGGAAGUUGGAACGAGACUCCUGAUUCAACUCUCAUUUUUAUGGUCCACCUGCACGUGCGGUCUGGAUCGAGAGCAUGUCGAAAUGUCACGCAGAGAGGAAAAAAGCGGCGGAAAAAACACUGGAAGAAACGGUUCCUCAUCGAUCGUUCUUUCGAUCCUCCCGAAGACUCAAUAAAUCUGAGGCGUCCUGAGGCCCUGUGAUGAGUGGCUACCUCAGCACUCUCUCCCCGUUCGAUCACGACUCAAAGUACCCACCAGCAGCGAUGCGGGAGAAGGACUCGAGCCCUCGAAAAAUGCCCGGCCACAUAAGCCCAAAGCAAGCGAGCAUCUACCCCCUGAGUGUCCGCGUAACGGACCCCGAAGAAUUGCCCUACGACCUCAGCCACGGGAAUUCCCGGAGCAGCCCAGCCCUCCUGAGCCAACAGCCGCACAUGAGUCCAGCAGCCCGACCUCCCCAUUCCCACCAGGAGCAGGAGAGCAAUGACUGCGAGCCCCUGGACCUGCGCGUCGACCACAAGAAGGAGCACCUGCGUGACGAGAAUCAGAAUGACAUCGAGGUGCUGAAUCAGAAUGGCCUAGGGCUGCCUUAUCACACGGUCCUCUUUCCCCAGCACCACGCGGUCCACCCUUUGGUCCUGGAGGCCAUGUACAGGUCCCAUCACCAGCCGCCCAUCAAUGAACUGCCAAAAAUUCAGGUGCGAGCCCUGCCGACGAUGGUCCCACUCCCCUCGAAUCGCUUCUCCACGACGUCGACGUCGUCAACUGCCUCGCAGAGACCCUCGAGCCCGGCUCCCAGCCAGCAGAGUCCGGUCCCCAAUGCACCGACACCUCAACCCUCGGCCAGCCUUCCCACCUACUCGGUCUCGGUGUCCAGUGGGCUGAAGCCGAAGGACCGCUACUCCUGCAAGUUCUGUGGAAAGGUCUUCCCCAGGUCGGCCAAUCUCACCCGACACCUGCGGACGCACACCGGCGAACAGCCGUACAAGUGUAAAUACUGCGAGAGGUCCUUCAGCAUCUCCAGCAAUCUCCAGAGACAUGUCAGGAAUAUUCAUAAUAAGGAGAAGCCCUUCAAGUGCCCUCUGUGCGAGAGGUGUUUUGGACAGCAGACGAAUCUUGAUAGACAUCUGAAGAAGCACGACUCGGAUGGGCCGACGAUACUCGACGAGGUACGGUCCAGAUAUCAUGGGCAACUGCCCAGGGCUGACGAAUCGUACUUCGAGGAGAUCAGGAGCUUCAUGGGGAAGAUCACCUCCCAGAGGCAGGGGAUACCGUACUUUCCGGGGCUGUUGGGACCCUCCGCUGAUGACUUUAGGAGUGACAAGCAACAGCUGCAGAUGGAGGAGAAGAGGGGCGACUCUUCGUACUUCAGCGAUCGGGACAAUCUCAGCAGCAGGUCGAGCAGCAGUGCCAGCAGGGCAGAGAGUGUUCAUGAGGAUCAGAGGGAGAGCAACACCCCACCAUCACCUGGGAACAACACCUGA